UUCUUUACAGUCUGAGGUAAAGCAGAAAACCCAGUGCACCCACGAUAAACCGAUAAAUAGAGCAAUUAAAUAAAAAUGAUCGUGCUAAUAAUGACCCUUCCAAUCAAAUAAUCCUCAAAAACACUCCCAAACUCGAAAGUAAUCGUGCGUGAAUGAACUUUCGCCAUCCAAUCCAUCAAAUAAAAGCAUCAGUGCCCCCCUCAAAGUAGUGUUCACAUUUCCCUCCAACCCUAAAAGCAAGAUGAAUCCUCUACCUGCAACGCAACACUGUUGUUUUGUCUGCGAAAAUGCCUGUGGUGAUCCAUCAGAAAUUGCCAAACUCAAGAAUUUACUUCAGAGAAACUUUCCCGCUAAUGUGCAGUCGUGUCACUUCAUUUGUUCUCCAUGUGUUGCUUCGAUAAGGAACACCAGAUUCACUCAACAGUGCGAAACUCCAGCUAAAAGAAUGCGUCCAUCUUCUCCCUUUCAACAAAUGUCUCCAGCCUCUCCAGACCCCAGUGAAACUGGAAAUUCAGAGACUCCAUGGGAAACUAUGAUUGUGAAUCAAGUACCAAUGGGUAUUGACUGUGGAAGAUUGAUGUUUCUGUUUUCACCGUACGAAAAUAUGAAAGACGUAUUCUUGUGCCACACACUGGGAAAUUGGAGACAUGGAGAAGAGAGAAUUGCAAGGAUAACAUUCAAAAAUGAGACUGAAGGCUGGGAAAUUUGGGAGGACUUUCAGAGGAACCUUACAAGCCGCGAUAAUCAGGCCCUCAUGAUCACUCUGGUCUCAGACAACUAUUCACCCAUUCAGAUGCUGCCUGACGAUUGUUUGGAGGAAAUAUUCCUCCGGCUUUCCCCCAGAGACAAAUUCAGUGUGGAGCUAGUCUCCAAACGAUGGAAUGAAAUCGGACGUAAAACCUGGUCGAAUGUCACGAGUGUAACAUCGGACGAUUGGUACUGCCACUGCCUGUGGAGGACAGUUGUCUCCAAAGCUGCAAAUUCAGUGAAGAAUGUAUACGUGGAUGUGGAGGAAAAUGCAGAUAAAUAUGUCGCACCUGUGGCCGACAAGUGUGAACACCUGAAAUGUCUCAAGUGCAUAUUAGCCAGGGUGGACUAUGGACCAUGCGUUCCCCAUAUGAGUGUAUUGAUACAGAAGAACCAGAAUUUAAGACGCUUCGAGCUGUACUUCGGUGAAGAAGUUAAGAACCGAGAUGUGGAUUUUAUACACCUCCUUUCCAGUCAAGUGGAAAGACUGGACCUUCGGUCACUGGAUGCCUACCUGUGUCUUCCGACAACUACGGUACUGUCCAAAUUCUCAAAUCUGCAAGUUCUCAUUCUGGAGAUGUUCGACAUAACCGAAAAUAUGUUGAAAGGUAUUGGAAAUGUCAACAGUUUAAAACAGUUGACAUUGGAUACCUGCAUUGUUCAUUCAAGCAAUUUCGAAGAUAUUGCUGCACUCACGAAAUUGGACUAUCUCUCAUUGCGAUGCACCGAGAUAGCAGACACUUUAUUCGCAAGGAUCCUCAGCAACAACAAAGGUCUCAAAUAUCUGAGCAUAAAAGGUGCCCACGGAAUAACAGAUGCAUCAUUCAGGUACGUGCAGCAACUCUCUCAGCUGCAAGUUCUGGUGAUGGAUGGAUUGUCCGACAUCACAGAUGCCUACUUCGGUGGCAUGCCGAGAAUCAGAGGCCUGAGUUGUGAGAGGUGUGACUCAAUAACUGACGAAGGAAUGCGGAAAUUCUUCACUGCAGCUUCUCCAGACAUCGAGGAAAUUCGCAUCGGGGGCUGUGAUUCCAUUACAGAGGAACUUCUUCAGAUGGUGCUUGAGUGGACAGAGCGCGUAGGCAAAUCUGUGAGGAUAUACGUCGACUGCCUCGCGUACUGCUGUUACAAUGAGGUUUUGAGGUGGAUGAAGACUGAUAAGAUUCACUUAAUCAGCGAGGACGAAUACGGACCGGAAAUUUUUGGGAAGGAUGGUUGGGGGGUUGAGCUCGUUGAAUAGAAGAGAAUUGCAAGUGACUCGAGUGUUGAGAAUUAACAGACAUUUCCCUCCGAAUGCAGAAGAAUUUCCUCCGAUUUAAUUUUAAGGGGUCUUCUGAGGAACUUUUGGAAAGUAAGGAAAGGUGCCACCCAAAUGAAAUUUUUAUAAUAAUUAUUAUAGAUGAGUAACAAAAAUUAUCGGAGAAAUGUGGGGUGGUUAUUUCGUUUCUUUAGUAUUUAAUUCAUUGAUAAUGUUUCAUACUUUGGUAACGAGACUGCAUUUUGUUGACGAAAUGUUUUUACACAUGUGGUGUUUUGCUGUGAAACGUUGUCUACAGAAAUUAUGAUCUUCACAUGUUAAUUACACGAUAUGCAUAUUGAAUGGUACUAAAUUGUGAUCUACCAUCCCAGUAAAUGUUCGAUUUAUUAGGUGCAAUUCUACAUGCAUAAUUCAAGGAUUUUCUCUCAAGAAAACCACACAAUCCAUUAAAUUUGGAGCGGGAUUGGCGCAUUUUGUUUUGCUCGAAUGCCACAUGCUGAUAUUAUACCUGUGGAAUUAGAAACAAAAAAUUGAGUGUAUGUUAUCGUCACUCUGUAGUGUGAUAUGUGCAUCGACGUUACUCGCGUAGAGCACAUAUCACACUACAGAUAUUUUCUCAAUAUUUUUUUACUACUUCAUCUUCGAUCGGAAUGUCAAUUAUUGGAAGAAUAAUGUUCUCCAAACCUGCAACUCUCCAAAUCCAUUCUUCUCCCUUCCUAUCACGUAGUUUUAUGUAAGAAAACAUCCCACUGUAAGACUUGUUAAAAACAAAGCGCAUGGACAAUACAGAGAAGCUUUCAACAGCAUAAAUACAUCGAAUGGGAAACAGAUGUAUCGAAAUGCACUAAUAAAAAAUGAAUCAGUGAACGAA